GUUUCUCCAGGGGCGCCGGCAAAAGUCAACAGCCAAUGACUACGACAGUUUUGAAAGUCGCUAAGUUAAGCGUGAGGCUUACCGAAUUCCCGUCACGUCCCCGGCUUGACCUCCAUCUGAUGCCACUGGUGUCGAAGAAGGCGAAUGUUCGUCCGGGAAGCUUCCAAGCAAAGACAUCCGGAAGAAAACGAGCUUAGGUCAUCGGAAGACGAACCAUCCGUGAAGAUGCAAGAGUCCCAGAGCUAUGAGAUUUCCGAUGCAGAACUGAGCGAGAUAUACUCGUUCGCUGUCCAAUUAGGUCGGCAAGCUGGUACCAUUCUGCAGGAAAGUUUGAUGCAGCGACGGUCCGAUGGCACUUCCGGUCCAGAUGGAAACUCCCAGGUGUUGGAGGAGUUGGUCAUGGAGGAGAAAAUGAAUGCUGUUGAUAUUGUCACCAAGACGGACAAUGAAGUCGAAGAGUACAUACAUUCCAAGAUACGAAAACGAUAUCCAGCACAUGCUUUCGUUGGCGAAGAGCUGUACUCGAAAGGUUCGUCGAAGGAGUAUCUCGUCAGCGAUGCUCCGACAUGGGUUGUUGACCCCCUCGAUGGAACCGUCAACUUCACGCAUUGUUUCCCCAUGUUUUGUGUCAGUAUUGCUUUGGUAGUCAACCAGAAGCCUGUGAUUGGCGUAGUCCAUGCGCCAUUACUGAAUCAGAUGUUCUCGGCCUGCAGAGGGAAAGGGGCUUGGCUGAACGAGACGACAAGGCUGCCUCUCCUGGGCAGCGUUGGUGUCGGGCCAAUACCUAAAAAUGCUCCAAAACAAUGUGUUUUUGGUUGUGAGUGGGGCAAGGACAGGAGGGAUUUGCCAGAUGGAAAUCUGCACCGUAAGGUGGAUAGUUUCGUCAAUAUGGCGGCCGAGGUAGGCGGAAGGGACGGAAAAGGAGGCAUGGUCCAUGGCGUGAGGAGCCUCGGAAGUGCCACCCUGGAUCUCGCGUACACUGCUAUGGGGGCGUUUGACAUAUGGUGGGAAGGGGGCUGUUGGGAGUGGGAUGUCGCAGCAGGCAUCUGUCUGCUGCAAGAGGCUGGUGGGCUGAUUACGACGGCAAACCCGCCUGAGAAUAUUGAUGCAGCGAGCAUUGAGGAUGCCAAACUUGGCGGUAGACUGUAUCUUGCCAUUCGACCAGCGGCAGAUGGUCCUCAAGAAACGGCACGGGAAGGGCAGGAGAGAUUGGUAAGAGCAGUCUGGCGAAGGGUGCGGCGCCUGGAGUAUCCUAGGCCAGGAGCGUGACGUGUUGCACUAGACAAAUCUGAAAGAUAG